AUGCCGCGCGAGUACGUGGGCCUGGACGUGCGCGGGCUGAUUCGCGAGCACUUUGAGCGCGGGCCCCUCGAAUGGGACUACCGCCCGGACGUCAUCCUCCAGCUCCUCGACCUUGCCGAGAAAUCGCUGUCGCAGCAGCCGAGCCUCCUCGAGUUGUCGUCCCCAUUGGUGGUGUGCGGGGAUCUGCACGGUCAAUACCAGGAUCUCCUCCAGAUUUUUCAGAAAAACGGGCUGCCCUUCAACCAGCGCUACCUGUUCCUCGGCGAUUAUGUGGAUCGGGGCACGCAUUCUCUGGAGACGGUAAUGCUGUUGCUGGCGUGUCGUGUGGAGUACCCGGAGAAUGUCUACCUGCUGCGCGGCAACCACGAGAUCCCCUCCGUGAACAAAACCUACGGAUUCCUGGGCGAAAUCCGGAUGCGCUACCACCACGCGCGCAAAUGGGACGUUGUCUACAGGCGUUUCUGCGAGGUCUUUGCCCACUUGCCGGUGGCGGCGACGAUCAACUCGCAAGUGCUGUGCGUUCACGGCGGCCUGGCCCCGUCGCUCAAAUCGAUCGACGAUUUUCGCAGCAUCAAAAAACCGCAGUACGAGCCAGCCGACGAGGGCCUUCUGGAGAAUAUUCUGUGGGCCGACCCGUCGCCCGAAUGCGCCCUCUUCAGCGCCAACAGCGAGCGCGGCUGCUCGUUCACCUACGGCAACCAGGCGAUCGACGAGAAGUUCCGCGAGCUCGGCAUCAGCCUCCUCGUCCGAGCCCACCAGGUGGUGGACCACGGGUUCGAGUUCUUUGCGAAUCGGCGCGUGGUGACGCUGUUCUCGGCGCCCGGCUACCACGACUACUACGAGAACCUCGGCGCUGUCAUGAAGUUUGCUCGCGACGGGACGUACACGUUCGACCAGUUCGACUCGGCCCCACCCGUCGGCAACGCCACCUUCGCCAAGAUACCGUACACCGAA